AUGCAGGUGUCUAUCGCCUGCACGGAUCACAACCUCAAAAGGGGGAAUGGGGACCACAGCAAGCAGAGCGCCACCAGUCCCAAUGUGGUGAACCAAGCCAGGGCAAAGUUCCGCACGGUGGCCAUCAUCGCUCGCAGCUUUGGCUCCUUUACUCCCCGACACAUUUCACUCAAGGAGUCAACAGGGAAGCACACUGGCAUGAAGUACAGGAACCUUGGAAAGUCAGGACUCAGAGUAUCUUGCUUAGGACUUGGUACAUGGGUGACAUUUGGAGGACAGAUUACAGAUGAGGUUGCAGAGCAGCUAAUGACCAUUGCCUAUGAGGGAGGAGUCAACCUAUUCGACACAGCUGAGGUCUACGCAGGCGGCAGGGCCGAAGUUAUUCUUGGAAACAUCAUCAAGAAGAAAUGCUGGAGGCGAUCCAGUUUGGUCAUUACAACUAAACUCUACUGGGGAGGAAAAGCAGAAACAGAGCGAGGACUGUCAAGGAAACACAUUAUUGAAGGUCUCAAAGGCUCUUUACAAAGGAUGCAGCUGGAGUAUGUGGAUGUAGUUUUUGCCAACCGCCCUGACAGCAACACUCCCAUGGAGGAAAUCGUUCGGGCCAUGACCUAUGUAAUCAACCAAGGCAUGGCGAUGUACUGGGGAACAUCUCGGUGGACAGCCAUGGAGAUCAUGGAGGCGUACUCUGUGGCAAGACAGUUUAAUCUUAUCCCCCCAGUGUGUGAGCAGGCAGAGUAUCAUCUCUUCCAGAGAGAGAAAGUAGAAGUUCAACUGCCUGAACUCUACCACAAGAUAGGAGUUGGGGCCAUGACGUGGUCACCACUGGCAUGUGGCAUCAUCACAGGGAAAUAUGAAAACGGCAUUCCUGAAUCUUCUAGGGCCUCUAUGAAGUCAUAUCAGUGGUUGAAAGAGAAAAUAGUAAGUGAGGAUGGAAGGAAGCAACAAGCCAAGCUGAAGGAGCUGAACCACAUCGCAGAGCGGCUGGGCUGCACUCUGCCUCAGCUGGCUGUGGCAUGGUGUCUACGGAAUGAAGGAGUGAGCUCAGUUUUAUUGGGAACGUCCAACCCUGAGCAACUCACUGAGAACCUCGGGGCCAUACAGGUCCUUCCAAAGAUGACGUCUCAUGUAGUGUCUGAAAUUGACCACAUCCUGGGCAACAGACCGUACAGUAAGAAGGACUACCGCUCUUAGACCAGGCUGGUGGACUAAGUAGAGGUCAGCCUAUCUGCUUUCCCAGCUACUUAACCAUACUGCUACCAUGGACCUGUAGUUCAAAGUUUUGAGUCCAUGGUUCUGUCCUGGGAACCCCACUCAGCCUCAGCCCACUUCAGCCUGGAACUAUAAAGCCUUGCUAAGCCCAG